CAGCAGAAAUACAUUGGAUGGACUUCUUUUGGCAAAUCCGUGGAAAAUAAAAUGAGACAGUUUAAAUUAUAUCUAUUAAUUUGCCCUCGACAUCCACAAUGAGAUUCAAAUUUUUAUGCUGGGCUGGCAAUGCUGACCAUCAGCCGUUACCUGUUUACCAAGCUGAGCUCUCAGGUGCGAAAAGGAUAACUAUAUCAGCCACCAACGAUCCGAUCGAGAAAAAGUAAAAUGCUGCUGGCCAUCUCGUUUGUUUCAAUGCUCUUAGCGGCCUAAACACGAAUUGUAAACAUUGAAACAUAUAGCCAUGAAGCAAGAGCAACAGUUGAGAGCGACGCCAACGCAAGCGCCGACGCUGACAGUGCGAUUAGUCAGUCAACUGGAAUUGUUGUCGACGGCUUUUGGUUGCUGAGAGCAACGCAAACUGAAAGUGGAAGCAGCAAACAGUAAAGUUCUGAACAGCGUUUUAAAUUAAAUGAAAAAUGAAAGAAAAUAGUUGAGCGCGCAAAACAUUGAAAAAUAAACGUUUAAUUAAUAGAAUAGGUUAAUUAGACCCCAAAAAGUGUUUAAUUAGCUCAAUCAAAGCGACACACAAAAACGCAGUAGCCGCUUUGUGGAGGGUGCAUCACUUCUAAAGGCAGGCUCAGCCAGUCAGUCAGCCAGCCAGUCGCUUAGCAUGAAGAGCACCAACACCGGACACCGCCCAAAUGCCAGCUGGCACAGUUAUGUGCUCACCUCGUGGUUCAGGCUGUUACUGGUGGCUUCGAUGGUCAUCGCGCAACGGCCAUUGAACGUGGAUGAGCCGGCCUAUUACUAUGUGGGCUGUUAUACCGCGCGCACUGAUCUUCUUAAGGAGAGUGUGUAUGCAAAGACGCCACAGACUUGCAUCGAGAUCUGUGAACAUCAGGGCAACAAAUAUGCCGUGCUGGCAGCGGAAAAGUGCUUUUGUGCCAAUCAGUUAGAACACGAGGAACAACAGGACGAGCAGUUGUGCAACACACGCUGUCAGGCCAACAAGGCACAGUAUUGUGGUGGCGUGGGUGUUCAUUCCUAUUACUCUACGACACUAGUAAAUCAGCCGGCACCCCAUAAUCUGCGUCUGGCGAACAGCACAGAAAACAGCUUAAGUCUGGAAUGGGAUUCUUACGAGCCGCGCAAGCUUCUAGUUGUUGGAGCAGGUGAAGUUAUGCCACCAGAGCAACAGAUUGCCAAUUUUGUGAUCGAAUCGCAAGUAGUCCAGACCUACAGCUCCUUGCCCGCCUUUCUGCCCGCCAAAUUCAUAGUGCAAAGUACGGAGACACAAUUCGAGCUGACGGAUCUGCAACCAGCUACCCUUUACAAUGUAAGCGUAACAGCCAUAUGUGUGGAUCAGUUGAAUGGGAAUUGCGGCUCUGCCUUGCUGCUGGCGAGCACCCAGGUGGGGGUGCCGAGCCCGGUGCCUCCUCAGCCAAAGAUUUUGUCACGCGCAGACACAACGCUGACUGUAGAGCUGUCGCCUCUAAGGAAUGACAAUGGACCUGUUAGCAAGUUGCUCAUUAUAGUGGAGCGUGUAGAUGACUCACUGAGUCAGCCGUUUGACCCGCAGCUGCUAGGCAGCUGGCAGCAGGCGCAGCAGGAUGGACUGCCCUACUAUAUAGCUGCGGAAUUGGAUUAUGACCGCCCCGAAGACAAUCGAACUCGUCAAUUUGUGAUCGGCGAUGGCAAGCGCUAUGGUCGAUAUCGCAACGUACAGCUUGAAAAGCUUCCGGGCGAGGAGAAGGCCCAUGUACACAUUAGCUUAGGCGUGGUGAGCACUCUAAAUGGAGUGACCAAGACACUUUACACGCACAGCACUCACGAACAGCACGGCAGCUCCCUGGACGACUUCAGUUACGCGACCUUCGAGAAGGGACGGUCGUCGGUGGUAGCCCUGACCGUUACCUGUAUAAUCUUUGGCAGCUGCCUACUGCUCAGCCUUAUCACGUACUUUUAUUUACGAUACAAGACGUAUCGUGCUCGAGGCUUGGGCGGACGCAAUGCACACGAGAUGACUUUGCAGACACCCAUUAUAGAACGCGAAAAUAACGGCUAUUUAGUGGAGGAUGAACUACCGCCCACGUUGGAGAAUUUUAAACAGCAGCUGCAGGCAAUUGUGGAGGCUAUGGAACUGAUGAAACGCUUACCGCGGAAUGCGUUGCGUCUAAAUGUGAAUGACGUCAUUGGCGAGGGUCGCUAUGGCGAGAUUAUUACUGGCAAGCUGACAUCCAGCUCUGGCGAUACGUCCUCCGACUGUGCCUUGCACGUUCUGGCCCUGGACGAGCUGACUGCCACCGCUCAGGCUCAGCUUCUGCGGGAGAUGCGCAAUAUGGCGCAGUUGCGUAGGCACGAGCACAUACUGGAUUUCCAUGGAGUCUCCGCCAGCCCCGAUUGGUUCUACUUGGUCUUUGAGCACCAGCCGGUAUCGUUGAAACGUCGCCUCAUCGAGAGUCGACGUGCGCCGCACUCGGCGCCCGUACAACGGAUAACAACGCUUUCAGAACAGCUGGUGCUUCAAUGGAUCUACGAACUAGCCAGCGCUAUGGCUUAUUUAGGCAGUUGCCAGGUACUGCAUCGUCAACUCUGUUCCCAUAGCGUUCACAUUACUGCUAGCGAAUCAAAGCUUAAAUUGAGCGUUUUCGGGCCACUUCACUACGUCAACAGCAAUCGGCAGCAAGUGGAUCUAACGCGAUGGCAAGCUCCAGAGGUGCUGCGCUAUCAACAUUACUCGGUGAAGUCGGAUAUUUGGUCCUUUGGCUGCGUAGCCUGGGAGUGCUGCGCCUUGGGCGGCACUCCUUAUGCCAGCUUGGCCAGCAAUCAACAGCUACUGGAUGCUAUACGCAGUGGUUCGCGACCGGCACAACCUGCUUUUGUAUAUGAAGAUCUAUAUCAACUGCUUCUUAACUGUUGGCAGAUGGAUCCGAGCAAUCGCAUUGGCUUCGAGGAUGUGGCUUACAGUGUGCGUCAGCUAAUGACAUCGGCACGCCAUGCGCUAUGCUUUGAUCGUUCGACCGACUCGGUGGUGACGUCGGCGGCGACUCCGAUACUAGACACAUUGCCAUUCUAUCUGCCUAUGCUUGAGCUGUGCAACUAGUGUAGAAUAAAGUAUAGAUUCAUACCAAGCAGACUCGUGUAGUGAAUAGGACAUGAAAUUCAAUGACUUUUAACCAAAUGCACAAUUCGUGUGAAUUAUCAAGCCAAUAAUAAUAAAUAAUGGGCUAUUGUUGCUCUAAGGAGGUGUAUAGGCAUUGUA